UCUUGACUUUUUCAUUGUGUUGGCCAAUUGGUUGCACGUUGGCUGCUACAGUUCUCUAUCUCUCUGUACUGUAACUUCACCUCUACCAAGCUUUCUAUACAGUACAGUAACCAAGACAAUGGCUGUAAAUCCACAAGCUUUCGAACAGUUCACUCUGAGACAUGUUCGCAUCACUGAGAAUGAGUUUGGACGAGGUUCCUACGCUGUUGUCAUGGAGCUAGAGUAUCGAGGACUGAAAUGUGCCGGCAAGAAGCUUUACCGAGUUCUCUACGAUACUGGAAUCGGGCAUGCAGCACGAAGGUAUCUGGAGGAGUGUCACCUGCUCAGUCAAACUAGGCACCCCAACAUUGUCCAGUUUCUGGGAGUCUGUUUUGAGGAAGGCUCUCAGUUCCCCAUCCUAGUCAUGGAGUUCCUCCCCACCAACUUGACCAGCUGUCUCGAGCGCUACGGUAUUCUCCCCGAUGAGAUCAACUUCUCCAUCCUCCAUGACGUCUCACUGGGCCUGGUCUACCUUCAUGGCCAAACACCAGUCAUUGUGCACAGAGACCUCUCAGCCAACAAUGUCCUCUUGUCCACCAACAUGACGGCCAAGAUAUCCGAUCUGGGGGUUGCUCGAAUAUUGAACCUGACCCCCCUUCAAGUGAGUCGAAUGACGGAGACCCCUGGUACCCCAGCGUACAUGCCCCCCGAAGUGAUGAUUGCCGACCCCCACUAUGACACCAGUGUGGAUGUGUUCUCCUUUGGGAUCAUGAUGAUUCACACCUUCACAGCAGAGUGGCCACUACCAAGUAUCGGCCAGACACGAAUCGAUCCUACCGAUCCCAAUGGUCUGAUACCAGUAACAGAAGCUGAACGACGUGAACAUUUUCUUCGAAAGAUUCCCCCAGACCACCCUCUGAUGGACCUCAUCAUGCGCUGUCUCAGCAACAACCCUCAACAAAGGCCUAGAGCAGCGGAGAUAGUGGGUCGGAUGGUGGGUGUGGUACUUGAACACCCUCCCUCCUUUGAGAACAGAGUGGAGAUGCUCCAGCGAGUGAGUGCCCUACUGACAGAGAAGAGGGAGCUUGAGGAAGAGGUUGUGAGGAAGGAUUCGGCAAUCCAGGAGAAAGCAGGAGAGAACGAGGCACUGGCGGAGGAGAAAAGACGACAAGAAGAAGAAAGUGAAAACACUGUCGAGCGUAUGCAAUUGGUGCACUCUGUUGAAGCGGAACAAAAUCAAGCUAUCGUUGAAAAUCUUAAAGGCCAGUUGAUUUUAAAUCAGGACAUGAUGGUUAAACUAGAAACUCAAUAUAUGCAACUCACUAAAGAGGUGGAACAACAAAUUGCUCACAAAGAUUCGAUGCUUGCUGUCAAAGAUUUGACUAUUGCUGACAAAGAUUCGAUGCUUGCCUCCAAGGACACUUACCUUCAGAAGAAUAAAACCACCAUUCAGAGUUUGAACAACCAACUGACCAAAACCAAAGACUACCUGACCAGCAAACCACAGUCCCUACAGGUUCAGUUGUCCUACAGUCAGUGCUCUGAGACUCCAGUGAAGAGGUCUCAUGGGCGAGCGGUAACCAUCAAUGGCAAGGUCUACUAUGGUGGAGGAAUGUGUUAUGACGAUGAUGACGAGUACUGCGUCCACUGUUACGAUCCGCCACAAGAUGUUUGGUCAACUCUGCCCAGACUUCCUGUACGCUAUUUUGGUCUAGGAGAGGUCAAAGGUGAACUGGCAGCAGUUGGUGGUUUGGAUUCAUCCUUCUCUAAAUCCAACGUGGUACAUGUGUUUAACAAAGGAAGGAACUGGAAACGGACGAUCCCACCCAUGCCCACAGCGAGGUAUUCACCAGCAGUCGUUAGUCUCCAAACACAUCUGGUCGUAGCAGGAGGUGUGUUGGACGAUGGCGACUUCACUGAUAACGUUGAGAUCUACAACAUCAGCACCUCCCAGUGGAGCGAGACAGACAGACUACCGUAUGCUUGUUAUGACCAAAGAGGAAUUGUCUACAACAAAACAGUGUACCUAAUGGGGGGAAGUGACGGCAAUUUUCUAAACAAGGUGUGUGCUGCUCAAGUCGACAAGCUCAUCUCAGCAGACCGACAGGAUGAUGGGAGUGCCAACAAAGCCGACUCUGUCUGGAAUACAAUAUCCAACACACCGUCUUACUGUUCCUCCCCUGUAACGAUAUUCGACACCCUCUUUGCUGUUGGUGGAGAGGAUAGUGAAGGUGAAGUCACUCAAAGGAUCUACUCCUACUCGUCCUCGAUGGACUCCUGGCUCUACGUUGGUGAUCUACCAUCUCCUAUAGCAGACGCUGCCUCUGUGUCACUGUCUCCAACAGAGUGCCUUAUGAUUGGGGGAUGGAACAAAGAAAGAGAAACACAAUCUACCGUGCAUAAAAUUAGUAUCAAAAUUAAAAGUGCAACAACUAUUUCUUGAUUAUUGUUGUGGAUAAUAAUAUUUUGUAUGGCUAAAAGUUAAUGUUGAUUUUUGAGUGAAAA